AUGUCAACUGGCACAGAUGUUUCUCCUUCGUAUGACGAAGAUCAGGGAUCUAAACUUAUCCGAAAAGCUAGAGAGGCACCGUUUGUUCCCAUUGGAAUGGUGGGGUUUGCAACAAUUGUUGUAUAUGGAUUACAUAAACUGAAGAGUGGGGGAAAUACUAAAAUGUCUGUUCCCCUGAUCUACGUGCAUAUGGCAGCCCAAGGCUUUGUUGUAGGAGCAAUGACCCUAGGUAUGGGCUAG